AUGCAAUUCACUAUCUCUGCUGUCCUCGCCCUCGCCGGCCUCGCCGCUGCCCUUCCUCCUGCCGGGCCCAACGCUGGUGGUGUUGGCAACGCCAACGGUGUUAACAACAAGGGUAACACCGACGUUCGCUUCCCUGUUCCCCAGAGCAUGACCGUCAAGCAGGCCCAGGCCAAGUGUGGUGACCAGGCUCAGCUUUCUUGCUGCAACAAGGCUACCUACGCCGGUGACACCACUGAUGUCAACUCUGGCCCGCUCGGUGGUGCCCUCUCCAACCUCAUCGGUGCUGGUUCCGGUGCCGACGGUCUUGGUCUCUUCGACCAGUGCUCCAAGCUGGAUCUCCAGAUCCCCAUUCUCAUUGCCAUCCCCAUCCAGGAUCUGGUCAACCAGAAGUGCAAGCAGAACAUCGCCUGUUGCCAGAACUCUCCUUCCAGCGCCAACUCCGACCUGGUUGGUGUUGGUCUGCCUUGCAUUGCUCUUGGCUCCAUCAUCUAA